CUUGACUGCUCAUGGCCCAAGGCCAUGAAGAGCCCAAUAAAAGCCAGAGCUCAAGAACAACAACCCAGAUCCAAGGCUUCUUUUCUACUGCCCAGCCAUGAAGCUCCUUUUUCCUCUUGUUGCCAGCCUCAUGCUACAGUAUCAGGUGAAAUCAGAAUUUGUGGUCGUGAAAAGAUGUAUAAUGGGCUUUGGGAAAUGCAAAGACAGCUGCUUUGCUGACGAAAUUGAGAUACAGAACUGCAAAUCCAAAAAAUGCUGCAUUGGCCCCAAAGUGACUGAACUGAUUAAAAGCUACCUGCGACACGAAAUACCCCACAUACCUGACAAGGACAUCGUGGAGAUGCUGAGGAGUGAAAAGAAUUCCAGAGAAGAAACGCGAAGGAAGCACACCUUAGCUGCACUCUCCGAAAUCCAAGAUGCCAGCCCUUUGCUCGGUAUCAACUCUGAAGUUGUCCCAAAAGCCUCCCCUGUGAAGCUUGUCACCUCUAGGACUGGGAGGCGUGGCUUGGGCGGUACUGUUUCCACCAAGAGGCACAUGAAACCAAUCAGGGGUUCUGCCAGUGUUGCCCCUCAGCCCAGACCUGGACCACCUUAA